GCAUUCAUCAUUCCAUCGUCUCAUUCUAUUGCAUUGUCUAUCUCUGUGCGACGGAAAUAUGCUACGGUGUCUCCUCUCUUUCGUUUUGUUUGUCUCCGUCUUUGAAGCAACGUUGGCGUUGCGAAUUCGUCCUCCGACAUACAACUACAAAUGCGUCGAAGUUGGACGUCACUGCGACAAGGCCGUUUGCGGCAUGACGACGUGUACAGUAAAAGAAAAGUGCUGCUCUAUCUACUACACAUACAAGUGCUACUACAAACAGAGAGAAGUAAAGUCGUGCGCACCGUUUUACUGUGAAAACGGUGGAACACGCAUUCCGCUGAAAGGGAAGCGUGACGUUACUACGCAUACGCCAGUGUCCGGGUGCGAAAUACCUCCCCCAAUCUGUCGGUGUCCUCCCGGUUUCAGUGGACGUUGCUGUGAAAUUCGGGAUCCCAUCGACCCUUGUAAGUACAAGAAAUGCGGUUACGGAGAAGAAUGCAAACUACAAACGGUGCAAUGCGUGACGACACCAUGUCCUCCAAUAGCAGUCUGCGUUCCGGUCGACUUGUGCAAGUACAAAACAUGCCCAAAAGGAGAAGUAUGCCAGCUGGUACCGAUACUAUGCGUGACGACUCCUUGCCCAUCAAAGUUCGAAGCAGUCUGCGUGCCAAUAGAUCCUUGCCUUGUUAGGUUAUGUCCCAGAGGAACAACAUGCAAAAAUCUUGGAAAUGGCAAAUCAGAGUGCGUGAGGCCUGGAAUUUGUCCUCCUAAUGAUAUCAUCGGUAUCUGUCAAGUGACAAAAGACAGCUGCUUGAGUGACACUCAAUGCAAUAACAAUGAGAAAUGCUGCAGUCGAGGAUGUGGUCGACAGUGUGUGUCUGUGUUAACCAACCCUUGUGCUGCUAUACUCUGCCUUCAAGGUCACACUUGUGUUGUGCAAGACAAUGGUCAAGGAAAAUGCGUCCCACAAAUAAUUGGAUGACUUCAGAAACUUCAUGACUGAGUGAUUGAGGUCACUAGAAUUGUCACGUAAUCUGCAUGUUUUUAAGCUUUGCGUCUUGAAUUGUAUUGACUAAUUUGAAUGUACCUCAUUGUCUGUAUCGUGGUAACGUUUUACAAAUAAUUCUGUGUUUGUAAGUAAACAAUAAAAUCAAGAUUAAUUAA